UCCAGUUAACGACGGGAUUAAUAAAUGUACUCACCAAAGAAGACUCAGUUUCCUUACCUCUCCGCAGAUCUAUGAGCUCUCCCUCCAUUUUUCUUCUCUGUCGCUCUCUCACGCGCACAGAAUUCUAGAGGUUGCUCUAUUGCAGAUCGGAGCUAGACACUCUGGAGAGAUGGGAACAAGCAGGAUCGUCGUCGAACCGGCCCACGGUGUAUCCAUGAGGGGUGGCGUCAGCGCCAUUGCCGCAGAAGGGGAAGAGGGCCUGGAUCUGUUUUUGAGGAGGCGCAGCGCCACUCUGGUCGGCUCGCUCGGAGAAAGCGGCGUGCAGAAUGGAUCAAUCAAGAAUUUAUCAGUUGGAUCAACGAUAAAAGGAAAUAUCAGAACGGAUGAUUUUCUAGAUGCAGAAAUGGGAAAACACGAUUAUGAUUGGCUUCUCACUCCCCCAGGGACUCCUAUCUUUCCUUCCUCGGAUUCUAGUGAGAACCAACUAUCCUCAACAGGUAAAAAGAACCAAUCCACCGCGAAGUCAACCUCGACUUCCAGAGCUUCAAGGCUAUCAGCUUCUCAAUCAGAGAAUGGCCAUUCUGCCAGACCCAUCAGAAGUAGCUCAGUUAACCGUCCAUCCAUAUCCUGCACUCAUUCAAACUCACUGUUUAACCACAGAACUUCAGCUCUGAACUCCAGCACAGUUUCUGUCACAUCCAGACCCACCACUCCAUCACGACCAUCUACUCCUCUCAACCGUUCAGGUUCUGCAUCUUCUACAAAAGCAUCUGCAGUUUCUCGUCCUGUACAGGCACGCUCUACCAAUCCUUCCAAAACUAGGCCAAGCAUUACCUCUCCUGGAGAAAAGACUCGUCCUUCACAAAGUUCUAGGUCCUCAACACCCAAUGGUCGGCCUCAACUUCCUUCUAUCUCUGCCACAAAUGUAAAUUCAUCUGUAGUUCGAUCCACUUCUAGGCCAUCAACUCCUACGCGCCGACCAAACACCCCAGGAAUUUCAGCAUCGCCAGCAAAUAAUGUAGGGAGAUCCCCAUCAGCUGGCAAGCUUCCUGCAAGCAGGAACUCUGCCCCUUCUCCUGUGAUGCCAUUUGAUAUUCCGGAUUUCCCUCACGAUACUCCUCCAAAUCUGAGAACGAAAUUGCCAGAAAGGCCAACUUCUGCUGGCAGGCCAAGACCAGGAAUGGCUCUGAUAGCAAGGGCAAGCUCAAAUUCCGAGGCCCCAGCUUCUGCUGGUUCAGGCCGAAGGCACUCCUUACCUGUUGUUACUCGAAGUAAGUUGCCAGAGAACUCAAUGAAAGUUCGGUCUUCUAAAAAUGAUCAUGACGCAGUGCUGCUUGAAAUUCAAAAGCCAAUAGUUCCAGAUCCGAUGGUCCAACGGGCUUCCAAAGCAAGCUUAACUGAGAGCAAUGGGUUCGGUAGAACAAUAUCAAAAAUGUCUCUGGACAUGGCUCUUAGGCACAUGGAUAUUAGACAAAGCAUGGGAGGAAUCAGAGCUAACACCAUUUUUCCGCAUAGUAUCCGCUAUGGAAAUGCUCCCAAAUCACGUCCAACUCGUGGCUCGGAACCCAUAGUUCCAGUCACAAAUGAUGAAGCUCUGUCAGAGACUCGUAGUUGCAGUGGAAUUGUCAUGGAGACCGAAGUCGUUGCAGAAAAACAAAUGAGCAAGGAUUGUGUUAUUGCAAAGGAGAAUGAUUUUGAUCUCUAUGGAAGCUCCCGGUAUGAUGCAAUGCUUCUGAAAGAGGAUUUGAAGAACACAAAUUGGCUACUCAGCGUUGAAGACAAGUCUGACCAGAGCCCAGUAUUCGACCACCGGUUCGAGCCACCACCCGAACCUUUUAGCCCUCUUUAGUUGGUUUACACAGUGGUGAUUAUUGAAGACAAGUAUGACCUGAUCCUAGUAUUUGAGCAACGGUUCGAGCUACUUCUAGUAAGUUUUAACCUUCGUUUGGGACGACUUUCUUGCUGCUUCUUAAAUCAGCUUUUUAGUGCAAAUAUUUAAAUUUUUUAACUUGAAAGUCGCUUUAAGAAGCAAUAAGAAAGCCGUCCUAAACGAAGUCUUAACCUUCAAAUUGCUUUGCCUCUGCUCUUUUCCUGAUUCUGAUUCUUGGUUUUGGAAAUUUUUUUGUUGAUUCAACUUGGUAUUGUUUAGUCUUUUGGUUCUGAAACUGAGAAUUGGCAUUGUUUGAUCGCAUAUGAGUUUCACAACUGGUGUAUCCUCCUGUAAAUUGUCAUUUCUCUAUCAUUAUACACUAUGGAUCUCCAUGAAGAGAACUGUAUAGAGAUUUAUCUACAAUUACUAAAUAGUUGCAGUGGAACUGUAUUUGAACUA